UGCAGAGUCAAUCCCAGAUGUUACGAAGUCAGAUCCUUACUACACGAACACUAAAUACUUCUGGUCAUUUGAUGGACCACAACUCGAUAGGAACUUCACAGUCAGAAAAGUCUGGGGUAUGCUUGACGGAGCGAUUAAACUAUCAAAUCGAAAUACUAGUUCAGCACCACGGGUAGAUCUUGGAGCCGUCAAUUACUCGUGUAUUUCUGAACCUUUUCAAUGCGAGCACGGGUUCACCCUGUCCUUUUGGAUGCGAAUGAAUGAAUCAGAAACAAACAUAGUUCUUUUAAAUGCUGCUCAAGAGGACGCAGCUAGGGGAGUAAACGUCAAAUUGCACGAACGGAAAUUUCGUUUCUCUACAACUGGUUAUCAAUGGAAAGAGUAUUUUCCAAGGACCGUCGAAAGGUUCUUAGAUACAACAUGGAAUUUCAAGACGUGGACACACGUGGCUUUACUGUGGAAUGCCAGAAAGAAAGAGUCAAAAAUUUCUUUCAAUUGUUCAGAGGCCGAUUAUAUUUCGGGAGGCAUCUCUCUUGAUCGUACCGCGCAUGCGUUUGGCCCAUCGCAGCGAUUGAUCGUGGGCGCUGAUAAUGAGUUAGAUAAAGGUGGCGAGGUUGAGAUCGAUGAGUUAGCGAUAUGGGAUAGCGUACUCACGGAGGAAGAGAUUUGUUAUGUGUUUAAUGCAAGACGAGUCCAUGGUAGAUACAGUCCUUGGUCAGAAUUCACGGCGUGUUCAAAAACGUGCGGCCUAGGACUUCAUUCAAGACACAGGAGUUGCACAGACCCAAGACCAGCUCAUGGAGGAAAGAACUGCAGCGAGCAUGAACCAACCUCAGAGACGACAUCUUGCAUGGAUAGAAAGUGUCCAAUAAACGGUGGUUACUCUCAAUGGAGUGAAUUCAGCGCCUGUAGCCAGACAUGCGGAGGGGGGUACUCAACCCGCAUACGAACAUGCACCCAGCCCGAGCCGAAAUAUGGAGGGAAAAAUUGUUCGGGUUUCGGGUCGGCUAGAGAAAUUCGGGUGUGCAACCUGAAUCCGUGUCCAAUCCACGGAAAUUACUCGGCCUGGGGGAAUUUUAGUGAAUGCACUAAGAGUUGUGAAAAUGGCACGAAAUACAGAAAUCGAAGUUGUGACAAUCCUAGGCCAGAACAUGGUGGACGAAAUUGCUCGGAAAUCGGACCGUCUUUCGAAAAGAUGGGCUGUAAUGAAUUUCCGUGUCCAGUUCAUGGGGGUUACUCCGCCUGGUCGAACUUCUCAGAGUGUAGUAAAUCAUGUGCUGGGGGUAGGAAGACCAGGGUGCGCACUUGCACUGAUCCAGCCCCGCAACACGGAGGAAACGACUGCAAUGAUUUUGGCGCAAGCAGCGAAACAAUAAGAUGUAACACACACUUUUGUCCUGUUCACGGGGGUUUCUCUCAGUGGAGCGAGUUCAGUUUUUGCACAAAAAGUUGUGGAAAUGGAAGUAUGGUUAGAGGUAGAACCUGUGAUAAUCCUCCCCCACAAUACGGGGGGAAGAAUUGCUCGGGUCUUGGACCCGCUACAGAGGUCAGAAGUUGUAAUUCAUUUCCAUGUCCAAUUCACGGUGGAUAUACCAGUUGGUCGAACUUUUCCGUCUGUACUUUAUCCUGCGGCGGUGGGCAACAGACACGAGUGCGCUCCUGUACUAACCCCACUCCACAAUACGGGGGAAGAAACUGUUCUCAUUUAGGAUCAAGCAGUGAGACCAUACCAUGCAACACGCACCAUUGCCCAAUACACGGAGGGUAUACAGAAUGGACCGACUUCACACCUUGUACCAAAAGUUGCGCUAAAGGCGGUCAAUUUAGAAAUCGAUCGUGCACGAACCCUAAACCAAUGUACGGUGGCUUUGAUUGUUCAAGACUCGGGCCUGAUCACGAGGCUCGCACGUGUAACGAUUUUCCUUGUCCCAUAGACGGCGCCUGGGGCGAAUGGAGUGGGUAUUCAGGAUGUACUCGCACCUGCGCAGGAGGGAGACGCUUUCGGAUUAGAGAAUGCGAUAGCCCGACGCCGAAACAUGGCGGAAAGACCUGCGAGGAAAUCUCGGGUGAAUCAGGGUGGUAUUGGGGUAUAUGUGGAACCAGGCCGUGUCCUGUAGACGGUGGGUACACAAUAUGGGGAAAUUAUAGCACUUGCACCAAGUCUUGUGGAAACGGCACAAAAUAUCGAAUUAGGAAUUGUUCCAAUCCUUCGCCCGCUCACGGUGGACGAGAUUGCAAGAGACUAGGGCCUAGUUUCCAGGAGGUCUUCUGUAACACACACCCGUGCCCAGUUCACGGAAACUACACGGCCUGGUCUGAGUUCACAGCUUGCUCGAAGACUUGUGGUGACGGUACUCAAAUACGGUAUCGUAGUUGCAGCAACCCAACACCAAUGCAUAAUGGAAAGAAUUGCGAUCAUUUUGGUCCGUCGAAUGAGACACGAUCUUGUUUCUUACGAGAGUGUCCAAUAGAUGGAAUGUACGGACCUUGGACGAGAUUUUCAACCUGCAGCACAACUUGUGGCGAGGAUGGUUAUCAAAUAAGAACUCGUGAAUGUGACAGUCCGGCCCCUAGAUUCGGCGGGCGUUCUUGCAACAGACUAGGAGCAGGGAGGCAAAUCCGGGCCUGUAAUAUUUUUCCGUGUCCCAUAGACGGAGGGUGGGGCACAUGGACCGAGUUUUCGGGCUGUUCGAAAACUUGUGAGUGUGGUGAGCGGGUUAGGACCCGGGCCUGUGAUAACCCACCUCCCCAGUAUGGUGGAAGAGAAUGCACAGCUGUGUCUGGGGAGUUGGGUGUCCACGCCGAGGAAUGCAAUCCACAAAGAUGUCCAGGAAUGAUAUAUAUCAUGACGACAUCAUAA